AUAGACGAUCUUUGCAGCUGCCGAUCGGUCCAGAUCAGAGUAUACGUCCUCUUCCUCUCAGCUGGCGGAGGAGAUUCCCACUGUCCUGCCUGAAUUCGGGAAUCUCGAAGCAGCCAUGGCGUCCGGCCUGCCUAGUGUUGUUGCGUUGGCUCUGUGUGUGAUUCUGGCCCCUCGUGUAUCAGUGGCGGACGGGAACUGUCAGUCCUACAGAGAUAUGAGCAAUGUGCUGCACCAGUCCCAAACUUGCUACUUUGGAUUCUGCUGUGGUAGCUGCUUUAACAGAUACUGCUGCACUGAUAGGUUCAAGAGGUUUUCUGAGGAUGACCAAGAAGACUGUGGAAACAUAUUUGCCCAUCAGUCCUCACCAUUGCCCAUGAUCGUUGGUAUUUGUGCUGUUGUCGUCACUCUGCUCAUCUUCAUCUGCUGCUGUGUGUGUCCCUGCUGCUGCCUGUACAAGGCGUGCUGCAAGCCACGACCUGUGAUAGCUACUACCACGCACACCACAGUGGUCACCACUACCCCUCAGCAGUACCCCCAGCAACCGACUGCAGUGCCUAGGCAGCCUCAGCCCUACCAGGGUAGCCAGUAUCCACCUUAUCAGCCCGUACCAGUACAGCCAGGAUAUGGAACUCAACCCAUGCCCCAGGGCUAUGGAGCUCAGCCCAUGCCCAUCGCAGCCUACCAGGGUCAGCCGUUCACACCAGGACCGCCUCCAACAUAUCAGGAAGCCACCGGUCCUGGCUUCCCUCCCCACCCAAUGCCUUACAGCCAGGCUGCGUUCAACCCCGGCCAGCCAUCGUACCCUCUACAGCCUCCCGUCCAGCAGCAGCCCAAUGCUCCGCCCGCACAGACAGACUACCUAGCCCAGCCUGCAUUCAACCCAGAUUAUGUUGCACCCAAGACUGGAUAAACGACCACAGUGCCAAACUCUCAGCCACUUGGCGGAACUGGAGCGAUCUGAAUCAAGAUGAGAGGUGUUCCUCUGCGUCUUUAUUCUUGUGGUUCAUUAAUUAAAUAUGGGAACUUUAUGAUACAUCUGUAGUUGCUGAAGUGCUGUUGAAAAGUUACCAGGUGAAAAUGUUGAUACCUCUUGGCUCGUAUUGCAUGGACUCACAAUGUAAGUGGUGACAUUACUUUUGUUUUUGUAUUUCUUAAUGGCUCCGUCAUAGUCAUCUUGCUGAAUUAAACAAAAAUCCACUGAGUCUGACUUUUAAGAGCAGAUGAAGUGCUUCGUCAUUUUUUAUCCUUCUGAACAUGCCUCAGCCUCUCCCUCCUUAGUCCUUGUCUGUACUGUGCAUCAGCCGAACCUGCUCGACCUCUUUAUUUCACCAUCUGCAGUGACUGCCAUCACACAAUGGUCAAAUUCAGGCGAGGAAGUUUUGGUGUCCAUGGCCACAUCUCAUUGUUCUCUUUCCUGUUUAUUUCAGGCCGAUAAAGUGCUUUGAACCUUUGUUUUUCAUGUACUUUCUCUGGUGUUUUAGGAAGGCAUGUAACAUUUUAUGUGUGCUAUACAUCUUGGGAACAAAUCAGGUCCAAAAUAUGGAGGGUUUGCAAUUGAAAGGACUCAUGUCAUUGUCAACUGACUGCUGAUAUUCAGAGGGUAUUAGGGUCUUCUUUUAACCCCCCAGCAAAAGGGAACAUACAUCAUGUCAGUUCAACAAAAUAAGCCUUGUACACUGGGAAAGUUCACUUUACAUUUAAGUUUUAGGUGUUUAUGUACAAGGGAGACCUCACAGUUUUUGUCAUUCAUUGUUUUUAUUUGCCCAAGCUGUACAUAUCUGAGUUAAAGCACAUUGGCAGCUUUGAAGCAAUUGACCAAAGGAGAUUCUUUUCUUUUCCAUCAAUCAAACAUUCACAGUCUUGUCUGCAAUUAAAGACAAAUGUCGUACUAACAAAUGCACUUUAAAAUCCCAUUUUCUAUUUAUUCUUGAGUGCUUGGUUUUUGUUUCUAGUAUUGUUGUGUUACUUGUACUUAACUGUCCUCAUAAAGGCUUAGAUUGAUUCAAACCAUCCACAAUAUUUUGCAGUGCGCCGUGUUCAGAAUUACUUUCAUCAAAGUGUGUAGCCUUUCAACUUUAGUUCUUUUUGAACAGCCCAAGCAAUUGAAAUGAAUCUUUAAAGAUCACUGUUUUCUUAUACAGUAUUGCAUUCCUUGCUGUGUCAGAUCAUAAGUUGUUUUCCUUUGUCAUUGUCAUCAGCAUUGCCUUUAUUAGAUAGAACCAAUGUCACAGUGGGGUUUUUGGAAAAGUGGUUUUUUUUUGUUUGUACCUAAGAACCAAGCUAAUAAGCCUUCCUUGAUUUGCUCUGCUUGGUCACUUGUGUUUUCUUUUGUUUGUGUUUUGCAGCAAAGCCAUCACUUCUGCUUAUUUCUCACAGGGAUUACUUGAAAAUAGUUUCACUAAAGUGACCUUUUUCAUGUAAGGAGUCACAGUUCAUGUGACAGACAGAUUUUCAGGAUACUGAUCUAUUGAGCCACCGUGUUUUAAAAUGCCUGACCUUUCAGCUUCCUUUGCUUAGACUUUGGUUGUGGUCAAAGAAACUAGUACCAUAUAUUCCAUUAUGUGAGUAUCACGAGUACUGAUUUCAGAAUGUCUUUGAGUCACAUCUAUGCUGUGGCUUAUUUUGCCCUCUGACAUAUGAGAGACCACAUGCCAGCUAAUGAAAGAGGCUUAAUGUUGUUGCAUAUCCUUGCAAUUUGCAGAAAAAUUUAUUUGUGAGGAAUGUGUUUGUGUUUCUUACAUUGAGCAAUUGAAUUGUCUGUGCAUUUCAUUGUAGGUGUGCCUUUUCUCUCCUGUUAUGAUUGUUAUGAUUGUGUACUAGCUUUGUUUUUAGUUCUUUGGCCAGUUUUGAUUCUUCAAGGUGACUUUCGUUGGAGUGUUUUUAUUGGUGUGUGUGGAUUAUCGUAAUUUUUUCCAUCUGUUUCUCAUCCAAGAAUAGUUGUCAUUGAUGCUACCUUGAGACUAUAUUUACAUGACUUUUAUUUUGUUAAAAACCCGCCACUUACCCUACAGAGUUCAAUAAAAUAGAUAAUUUCUUCUCUC